AUGUCGUACCAAGCUAUUGAGACGCAAACGCUCGAUUCGGACUCUUCACCACCAAAGUCCAGCAUGUGGCGGUCCCUAUGGAACGACAACAAAGGAGCAUGCCUUAUACUUCUGGCGGAGCUGGCUGGGGCCUCGAUGGAUGCUAUGGCCCGCUUUCUUCAACAGGGCGAAACCAAGUUCCAUCCCUUCCAGGUAAUCGUCGCACGGAUGGGCAUCACGUUCAUCUUGAGCAGCGCAUACAUGUGGUGGAAGAAGGUUCCCGACUUUCCACUUGGUGCUCGUAGUGUGCGAGGAUGGCUGAUCUUGCGCGCGUCAUUUGGCUUUGGUGGUCUGUAUUGCUUAUAUUACUCUGUCCACUAUCUGCCUCUGGCGGAAGCGACGGUAUUUCGAUUCUUGGUUCCCAUCGUUACAGCUUGGGCGUGCUCGGUAUUCCUAGGGCAGACUUUCACCCGAAAGGAACUUAUUGCCGGCCUUGUCGCCCUGCUGGGAGUAAUCAUCAUCGCGCACCCACCAUGGCUCUUUGGUGAGGUAAACGAUGAGCUUCAUCCCAAGAAACCCUCGGGUAUCGACAAAGUCACUCCUGCGCAACGCUUUAUUGCUAUCGUUGUGUCCAUCUUAGGUGUUGCUGGAGCUUCUGGAGCGUACACCAUGAUACGCGUGAUUGGAGAUCGAGCACAUGCGCUGAUUUCUGUCAAUUAUUUUGCGCUUCUUGCCACGGUGGGCUCUACCAUCGCCCUCCUCGCGAUUCCAGGCAUUGGUUUCCAAGAACCGCAAUCCGCACGGGAUUGGAUAUUGCUCGUUGCGAUGGGUGUGCUUGGAUUUGUUUUGCAGUUUCUACUGACUGCCGGCCUUCAACUUGAUAAGAGCAGCAAAGCGACGAGCAUGUUAUAUGUUCAGAUCAUCUUCGCUCUUGCAUUCGACUGGGGUAUCUGGGGAGUCAUUCCAGGUGCAUGGAGCAUGUUUGGUGGUGCAAUCGUGAUUGCAAGCACUCUAUGGAGUGCACUGCAGAAGCCGCGCGGAACUGUGGCAAAGAGCAAGGAUGAGCCAGACGAGGAAAGCGCACUACUUGGUCCGGAUACACAAGGGAGCCAUGAGGCUAUUCGUCGGGCAAGCGUCAGCGCUGAACGUUAA